AUGCUUUCCUCCAUCGUCGUCCUGUCCACCCUUGCUGUUACAGCUUUGGGCCAGAACUCGUCUUCCACCUAUAGCUUCCCUGAAGGUUUCAACAUUGGUCUCGUCAAGCCCGAUGAGCUGAACUCAUGGUGCAUUGGUCAACGCAACCAGUGCCCGGCAAUUUGCAAGGGAGACACCAAGCAAAACACCUGCGAUCCGGCCACCCUGACUUUCAGCUGCAUCUGCGCUGACGGCAAGAUUGCCGACUCCACACCUUACCUUCAGACUGUCCCCUUCUAUGUCUGCGAAGCCAACUACGGCCAGUGUGUUGAUGCCCACCCUAAUGACUCCUUCGGCCAGGAGGCCUGCAAGAAGGCUGCCAAGUGUGGAACCAAAAAUGCCACUGCCACCCACUCCACAUCUUCUUCUAGGAUCGCAACCAGUACCACUCUGAUGUCUCUGGCCACGGCCACUGACACCUCCGACACCUCUGACAAGGCCGUCACCACGUCAGUGGCAGCCGCGAGUACCUCAGCUACCAACGCUGCUGUUCCUGUGGGAGGUCUCCUCGAGACUUACUCGACUGGUUUGAUGGCUGGUCUCAUGUUCCUUGCCAUGCGCAUGGUGAUGUGA